UUGCUCCCUCAUCUUCUUUUCCUAUAAAAUCCUUCUAUUCCCCUUAUUUAUUGAAACUAAAACAACACACGCACUUGUUCAUAGAGAAAUAAACUCCAUUUCUUAGUAAAAAUAAUUAGUCAUUGCUAUGAAAUUCUUGUAUUGUUUUCUUCUCUUUUCAUUACUAGUCAUCAUCCAUGGCAGAAGCUUCAAUAAUUUCAUGUCUUGCUCCCAAACCCCAUAUCCAGACCUCUGCUUUCAUUACAUAAACCCAAACGACAACAUACCAACUGCCGAUAUUGAUGAAACCUAUCUAAACACCCGUUUUCGAAACUCAGCUGUUCAAGCCACUUUGAACCAAGCCAGGAAGGUACACGACCAUCUUCGCUCUAUCAUGGAUCUUGGUUCAUUUGAUGAUGACAAUAGAAAUAAAGUCGCUUUAAUCGACUGUUUGGAAUUCUAUGAGGACUCGAUUGCAAAGCUCAAUCGUUCGGCGUUCAGUUCCACGAUUGUUAACUCGAUCGACCAUUUGACGAUGCUAAGUGCUUCAUUAGCAAACCAUCAAACAUGUCUAGACGGAUUUCGAGAUUUCGAUAAUUCAAAUAAUUUCUUUCUUCCAAUUCAAAUUAUGAGUAACUUCUCAAAAUUGGUUAGCAAUUCUCUUGCCAUCACGAAGGCUGCGGUGGCACCCGCCAGUAGUUCCUCCACCUCCUGUGGCCAGCCGUUACUAGAUGGCUUGUGUCCCGAGUGGGUUUACGAUGAUGAUAAGACGCUUCUCCGGGAUAUGGUCGGAAAGGGCGCGGAUAUGGUGGUGGCCCAAGAUGGAAGUGGUGAUUUUAGGACGAUAUCGGAGGCAGUGGCCGCGGCGGAGGAGGCGAGGAAGGGAAGUGGAAGUGAAAGGUUUGUUAUAUAUGUUAAAGGUGGGAUUUACAAAGAGAAUGUUGUGAUUAAGAAGAGCAUGAAGAAUGUAAUGAUGAUUGGAGAUGGAAUGGAUAGAACGAUCAUCACAGCCAUGAAGAACGUACAAGAUGGAUCAACAACUUUCCAAUCAGCCACUUUUGCGGUGGCCGGCGAAGGAUUCAUCGCGAAAGAUAUGACAUUCGAGAACACAGCGGGACCGGAGAAACACCAAGCCGUGGCACUCCGUUCUAAUGCCGAUCGCUCAAUUUUUUACCGAUGCAGCUUUAAGGGCUACCAAGACACUCUAUACGCCCACUCAAACCGCCAAUUUUACCGUGAAUGUCACAUUUAUGGAACCGUCGACUUCAUUUUCGGCGACGGCGCCGUGGUUUUUCAAAACUGCAACAUCUUCGUGAGAAAGCCGAUGAUGAACCAAAAAAACACCAUCACGGCCCAGGGGAGAUCCGACCCGAAUGAGAAUACCGGGUUCGUGAUCCACAAUUCGGUCAUCAAAGCGGCGCCGGAUUUGAAGCCGGUACAAGGUUUGUACGGAACUUAUUUGGGGCGGCCAUGGAAAGCAUAUUCGAGGACGGUGAUAAUGAAGAGUUAUUUGGACGGUUUGAUUGAACCGGCCGGGUGGCUCCCUUGGGCCGGAGAUUUCGGUCUAAGGACGAUUUAUUAUGGGGAGUUUAUGAACAUUGGUGGUGGGGCUAAUACAAAAGGGAGGGUGCGGUGGCCGGGAUACCAUGUGAUGACGAGUGCGACGGAGGCAGAGGGGUUUACAGUGGAGAGUUUCUUGGGAGGAAGAGGUUGGAUUCCUACCACCGGAGUGCCAUUUGUAAAUGGGGUAUGAUAAUGAUAUCCCAAGUCUUUUAUUGGAACUUAAAUGUGGUGGAGAUGGGAAAAAUAAAAUUGUAAAAAUACACCUCCAGAGUUGUAUGCAUAAUAUAUCGAUGCUGGUGAAAGUUCCCAAAAAAAACAUAUGAAAAUUGAUUGCUAAGUUUAUAAUUAGUUAAUAAAACUUUAAUUCUAUCUUAA